UUUGACGUCGCUGCGCUGCAAGUUCAUCAUCAACCCAGAUGCGCAACAAACAGACACAUCAUCUUGGUUGCCCAAACAAUCCAUUGAAUGAUUCAGCCCUUUCACCCAACACUUCUCUGCACAGCAACCUUCAAAUCCAACUGGCCACUCGACAUACUUGAGCUCUCAGGCCCCGCUGAUGUCACAGUCGCCUGGGAUCUAUCCUUCAUGCGGAACUCAGCUGGCUGCCGAAAAUAAGAGCCCGAUCAGUUCCCCAAAUCGUUUCCAUCCACAUGAACCACAGUCCAACCCAACACAGCGGCCGAGUCCAGGACUCUCUCCAGUCUCACAUAUGAUUGGUUCUGAGCCGCAAGCCCACCAUCACUCGCCCUCGACACAUCCGACCCAUCCUCAAGGGAUUUCGAUGGAAUCCGUCCACCACGAUGUGCAACCCCCAAUGUUGUCGGUCUCGUCCCAGGGCAUUCCUGGGUCGGAAGCGCUCACCCGUCAGCCGUCCUUCCCCUCAGCCCCUCAAACAUUGCUCGGUCCGGCGACCCCACUGCCCUCCUUCCCUAACGUGCCCAACACCCAACUUGCUUGGUCUACUACCUCCCCCAAUAAUGGCCCGUACCAUCUUUCUUCGCUCGACGUCCCAUCCGCUCGACAAGAAGAAGUCGCUCCCUUGAUCGAGUUGUAGGCUUACCCUUCUGGGAAGAAAUUGUUUCUUUACGCCUCACAUCACACAUCCACAUACACAUCAUGGUCCUUUUUCUUCUUCUUUUGUUUUAUUUCCCCUCUAAUCAAUCAAUCAUCCAAGGAAAGACCAAUGAACCCUGUUUUUCCCCUCUCCUCUUUACUUCUUACCUCUCUCUCUCUCUCUCUCUAUGUCUUUAUCUCUACUCAAAUUAUCUCAUGUAUUCCUUUCCUUUGCAACAACCUACAAAAGCACACACGCACACAAAACCACAAACAACCAAAACAAAAUACAAUUUGCAGAGUGAGUGUGUGAAAUCUGGGACGU